AUGGGCGUUUCCGAGAAAGAAAAGUAUGGCUCCGACAUCGAGGCCACGAGCCCUGGUCUGGUCUCGCCAGCCGACGAUGUCGAGGUCGGUGAGGGAGGUUUGAAGAGAAAUCUCAAGGGGAGACACAUGCAAAUGAUUGCCAUUGGAGGUUCCAUCGGUGCCGGUCUCUUUGUUGGUUCUGGUAGCGCUCUCAACUCCGGUGGACCUGCGUCGCUGGUGAUUGAUUUCAUCAUCAUUGGUUUCAUGCUUCUGCUCACAGUCAACGCUCUUGGAGAACUUGCUGCUCUCUAUCCUGUUGCUGGUUCCUUCUAUAACUACUCGAUCCGAUUUAUCGACCCUGCUUGGGGAUUUGCCAUGGGCUGGAACUAUGCAAUGAACUGGCUGGUUGUAUUGCCUUUCGAGUUGACGACCGCUGGUAUCACAAUUGCUUUCUGGACCGACCCGCAGAACACCGGAACUCCUUCCGUCAACGUUGGUGUCUGGAUCACCAUCUUCUUGGUCCUCGUUUGUGUCAUCAACAUCUUUGGUGUCAAGGGAUACGGAGAGGUCGAAUUCGUCCUUGGCUGCAUUAAGGUUCUCGCGGUCAUUGGGUUCAUCCUCUUAGGUGUGAUCAUUGAUUGUGGCGGGGUUCCAACCGACACCAGAGGUUACAUCGGAGCCCAAUAUUGGCAUAAUCCAGGUGCGUUCCGGAACGGCUUCAAGGGAUUCUGUUCGGUGUUCGUGACUGCUUCGUUCGCUUUCGGUGGUACUGAGCUUGUCGGUCUUGCAUCUGCAGAGGCUGCCAAUCCAAGAAAGUCCAUUCCCAAGGCUACCAAACAGGUGUUCUGGCGUAUCACCCUUUUUUACGUUGUCUCCCUCUUCAUCCUGGGCCUCAUCGUCCCGUCUGACGACAAGAACCUCUCCAACGCAACCGGCGGUAACACCCGUUAUUCACCAUUCGUCUUGUCGUUCCAACUUGCGGGUAUCAAGGUUCUCCCAUCCAUCUUCAACGCCGUGAUCACUCUUUCCGUUAUCUCGGUCGCCAACUCCUGCACAUUCGCCUCCACUAGAACUAUUCAAGCUCUUUGCGCUCGUGGUAUGGGUCCAUCCAUCGGUGCCAGAGUUGACAAGAAGGGUCGCCCAUAUGUUGUCUUGAUCGUCGUUCUUUUGUUUGGCUGCCUUGCGUACAUCAACGAGGCUAAAUCUGGUGGCACCAUCUUCACAUGGUUGCUCUCUUUGUCUGGUCUCUCCAACUUCUUCACCUGGGGAUCCAUCUGCUUCGCCCACAUUCGUUUCAGAAAGGCCUGGAAAAUGAAUGGCCGUACUACCGAUGACCUCCCAUUCGCCGCCAUGUUCGGUGUCAUUGGUUCGUGGAUCGGUCUUGCUCUUAAUAUUCUCUGCUUGAUCGCCCAAUUCUACACCGCAUUGUUCCCCAUUGGUGGGAGUCCAAAUGCUGAGGUCUUCUUCGAGAGUUAUCUUGCAGCUCCAAUCGUCAUCUUGUUCUUCAUUGGAUACAAGCUGUACUACAGACAAUGGACCCUUGGUGUCAAGCUCCAAGACAUCAACAUUGAUGAAGGCAGACGUGAGCUCGAUCUCGAUGCAUUCCGAGCUGAGAUGGAUGCUGAGCGGGCUGAGAAGGCAUCGUGGCCAUGGUGGAAGAGAACCUGGGAUUUCUGGAUGUAG